AUGGAAGCUAUGUCAAAUAAUAGAAAUAUUCUGUCGGGUGAUCCGGCUGACCCCCGGCGCUCAUCGAUAACCGGGUCGAAGAGUGUGAAAUGGGCUACCGAAGACUCCUCGAUAGUGAGUCAUCAGGCUACCGAGUCAGUUCAUGCUACUGAAGACAACAAAAAACCUUCCAUACGUCACAAACACAAAAUCGGCACAUGGAACGUUCAAGGCAUCCUGAAGCCUGGGAAACUCGAAGUCAUUGAGAAAGAGAUGAGGGAAUACCAACUUCUUAUAAUGGGACUAUGUGAGACCCACAAAAAAGGAAGAGGCCAUUUCAAGACACCUGCAGGAAACACGGUAUUUUUCUCUGGACACGAAACUGAGAGUAAGAACGGCGUGGGAGUCAUUAUGUCUCGGAAACUUGCCCCUCACAUUACAGGCUACAAUACAAUCAAUGACAGGAUCAUGACCAUAAGAAUCGAUAGCACCCCCAUUCCGCUUAACAUCAUUCAAGUCUAUUCGCCAACUGCCCAAUCAUCACAAGAUGACAUCGAUGAAUUUUAUGGAAUGCUACAAACAACAAUAGAAAGUAUCUCCAAGCGCGAAAUGACAAUAAUUCAGGGUGACUGGAAUGCAAAGGUUGGAAGCACAGAACAGGAUGACCACAUCCGUCAUAUAAUUGGUAAAUAUGGGUUGGGAACAAGGAACGAACGGGGCGAGAAAUUAAUAGAUUUCUGUGUCAGUCAAGAGCUAGCAAUAAUGAAUACCUUCUUUAAGCACCACAAGCGUAGACUGUAUACCUGGAUAUCCCCCGGGGACUGGUUCCGAAACCAAAUUGACUAUAUUACCAUAGGCAAAAGGUGGAAAUCAUCAGUCACAAAUACCAGAACUUUCCCGGGAGCAGAAUGUGGAUCUGACCACCAACUACUAGUUGCAGAUAUUCGCUUGCGGCUAAAAUCCUGUCACAAAAACUCAAAACCGACGCGAAGACUAGCUCAGCCUGAAUAUGAAUAUUUCCAGAAUAAAACCGAACCAGAACUUACCCCCACUGAAAUAAAGAAUACAAGUUCAGAGGCACAAUGGGAGUCAUUUAAAUCUAAGAUCGUAAAGGUCCUGGAAUCUAUGAAUAUAAAGUCACAGCCAAGGAAAGACUGGAUUUCAGAUGAAACAUGGAUUAAUAUAGGAAAGCGGAAAGAGUUGAAGAAAGGCGUGAGAUCAGUCGAUAAUGUGGACGAAGACAAAAAUUACUACCUCGAGAACAUAUGCACCGAAAUAGAACACCAUGCGGAUCGAUAUCAGACCGGCGAUCUCUUCAGAAAAAUUAAACAAAUAACCCGUAAGUUCAAACCAUCCUCAUGGGUGAUAGACGACAGAGAAGGCAAUCCCAUCCACGAUAUUGCAAAAGUCACAGAAAGAUGGAGGGAGUACUGUGAAGAACUAUAUCAGGACGAGGACGCUAGUUGUGGUAUCAUCCAUGAUCCCGUAAAAGACCCAGAACCAGGUAUACUUCGCUCUGAAAUAGAAGAAGCUAUUAGGAAACUCAAGAGAGACAAAGCUCCAGGUCCUGACCAAAUCACAGCAGAAGUAUUGAAAGGCCUGGGUCCAAAUGGAGUGUCAAACCUGCAUAAUAUCUGCAAUGCAAUCUGGCAAACAGGACACUGGCCUAAAGACUGGGUGCACUCGUCUAUAUUGCCUCUCCACAAAAAGGGCUCAGUGCGUAAUUGUAGCAACUACCGAACGAUAGCCCUUGUGUCGCACGCUAGCAAGAUCCUACUCCACGUCAUAAACAGCAGACUAAAAUCGUUCCUUGACUGGCAGAUACCUCAGGAGCAGGCAGGUUUUGUUAGGGGGAGGGGCACAAGAGAGCAAAUUCUUAACUUGCGACUCAUUGUAGAGAAAUGCUAUGAGUACAACACACCAGUCUUUAUGUGCUUUGUGGAUUAUCAGAAGGCCUUUGAUUGCGUGAAAUGGGAGAAACUGUGGGAGAUCCUAAAUGAAACAGGAGUUCCGAGUCAUCUUGUUAUGUUGAUUCGCAACCUGUACGAGUCGGGGUUUGGGUCUGUCUCUAUCGAAAAUGCCACUUCAAGUAAAUUUCGUUUCCAAAAAGGAGUCCGGCAAGGAUGUGUUAUCUCACCUAUUCUUUUCAAUAUAUAUGGGGAAUAUAUAAUGCGCCAGACUUUAGAAAACUGGGAAGGAGGCGUUAGAAUAGGGGGGGUUCAGAUAACGAACCUGAGAUAUGCCGACGACACCACACUUCUUGCUUCAUCUGAGGCGGAGAUGAAGGAGCUUCUGGACAGAUUAGAGGCUAUAAGCCUAAACAUGGGACUAGCAAUUAACAAAAGCAAGACCAAACUGCUAGUCGUAGACCGCUUCUCAUCCACUCAGCGUACGGACCUUUUGGCAGAAUACGAGGCCGUGGACCAGUUUGUCUACCUUGGUUCUGUGAUCACGGAUAAGGGGAGCUGUGAGCCUGAAAUACGCCGACGAAUUGGAAUGGCUAAAACAGCUAUGACGCAGUUGAGCAAAAUCUCCCAGAUCUAUGAAAGAGACAACUACAAAUUAGACUAA